CGGGAAGAGAGAAGCCGUGUUACGUUCGGUGAGACUUCUGUGAGAUAAUAAUUAAUAAAGAAAAAAAAAAGACUACCCAAUGCGAAUAUCAGCAGCGUGGGGGCAGGCUGGAGGAAGCAAGUACACAUACCUAAAUGCCAAGAAAUUUCCUGUCGGAGCUCUAGAGCUCUUUUUAUUCACCGAUCCACCGGUGUCAUAGUAGUAGAUCUCUAGCUAGCAAUAUGCAAUCUCCAUCGAAGGAAAAUCCCGACCUCUCUGCGGUACCAACGCCGCCAUCAGAUUCCCGUCGAGCGAAAGAGGUUGCCCGUGGUCAGUCAAUGGAGAAAGUUGACCUGCCAUUAAAAGGCUCCGGUACUGCUAGGAAAAGCAGAACAGCAGCACUGGCAGUGAUCUACGCCGCAAUGACUUCCCUGUGGGUAUUAAGCAGCAUGUAUCUGCAUCCGGCGGUACAGCGCCUGCCUCCGCCGCCGCCCCCGUGGCGGUACCACGCCUUCCUCAACUUCCGGGGGCUGGACCUCCGCAACUCCUUCUCCGACCACCUCUACUCGGCGCUGAAGCGGAGCGGGGUCAGGGCUUUCCGCGACGACAAGGACAUGCCACGCGGCGCCAACAUCUCGGAAGCGCUCCUCGCGGCGAUUGAGGCGUCGAUGAUCUCCGUCGUGCUGCUGUCGAGCAACUACGCCUCGUCGCCGUCGUGUCUCGACGAGCUGGUGACCAUCUUGCGGUGCAGGCACAAGAUGGCCCACCGCCCGCUCCCGGUGUUCUACCAGGUGUCGCCGGAGGACGUGCAAGACCAGUCUGGGCCGUUCAAGCGCGACUUCGACGAUCACAAGGACAUCUACACGUACAACAGAGUCGACGGCUGGAUCAAAGCUAUGCAGGCGGUUGCCGAUUUAGCAGGCUGGAAUCUCGAGCGCCAUAAUUCUGAAGCAGAGGCGGUAGAAAUAAUAGUGAGCCGGGUAGUGGAAGCAAUUCAUUCAUCGGUAAAGGAGCGUCAACUCCAAACAUCAUCACCUACUGAAGAUGGAAAGGUCAUCGCCAGCGUCCGCAAGGUACUGACCUCCGAUUUUAUCCGGGAGCUAGUCACGAGGAAACCAGGUGAAGGACAGAUGUGUAAACGUUGAUUAGAGUCGCUGGGGUGAUGAUGAUGACUUCCACGAGUUCAUGAGUCACUCGGCGUUGAGUCAUUUUUUUUCUUCUUCCUAUUUAGGUUUGCUGUUGAAGGCGAAAGCUAGCUUAGUAGAGGACCUAGUAAUUGAUAACCUAGUUCUAAGUUAUGAUGGGAAUAUAAGACAUUUCCUCAAUCGCGAUUAUUAGAACAAGAUAUGGUGCAAACCAUAUAUAGCGAGGUGUUAGUGUUACCAUGCAAAGUUGCAAACCAUACGAUGAUGUAUGUUCUCAUGUAUAAGGUGGCAAUCCAUAAUUAGCCACUCGAGUCCUAGUUGACGUUGUAUGCGGGGUCUUGUAUAUAUUUUCAUGUAUGCGGAGUCCUAAUUGCAAUCCGGCCAAAUGUGAAGUUUACUUUGGUGGGGAAUCAGUGCUGUACAAAAGUAAUGCCCUUGCUCUUACAGGUUUUCAAGAUGGAAAAUUACCGGUUAGAUAUCUAGGAUUGCCACUCCUGGCUGGCAAACUGUCAUCCACAGAAAUUGAUAUACUGGUGGAGAAGAUCACAAAACGCAUCAAAUCCUAGCGAGCUAAGAAACUUACAUAUGCAGG